CUAACCUCGCAAACAAACACGCAAAAUCGUCCAUUAUUACCGGAGUGCUUGAAAAGUAAGAAAAAGUUGUGAAAUCUUGGUCCAGCUACUUCGAAUCCGAAUGAAAUCGACGGAAAUGGUCGCUUCCAAGACCACAAAAGUGAGUGAACAAUUGGAAAAAGAUGCCGAAAGCGAUCCGAUCAAGCAAAGUCUGAAAGCCGGAUCGGCGUCGUCUUCCUCUUCGUCGUCGUCAUCAUCCUCGAAUGCGAAGGAGGCGUCUUCGGCUUCUGUGGAGUGUGGAAAAAGUGAGGAUGGCGAAGACAAAUUGGUAAUCGGAGCAGAAUACAUGGUUCAGCGGCAGGACGGCUCCUGGCAUUCGGCUCAAUUGAUCCAAAGCCGCCAGAAUCCAUGCGAUCCGAAACAGCUGGAGUAUUACAUUCACUAUGAGGGGUUGAACCGGAGGUUGGAUCAGUGGGUCAGCAGAGAUCGUAUUUCCAGUGCUGUGACGGGAGCGGAUAAGAAAUCUGUUGGACUGUGUGCUCCCCUCGUGCAAGAUUACAAUGGUAAAAGUCCUUUAAUAAGUACCGCUGGAAAUGUGAAGGAUUCGCCCAAAGUUGGAAAGCCAAGUGGCGAUGUUGAUAUGACAGACGGUGAUCCGGAUAGAAAGAUAACUCGAAAUCAGAAAAGACGUCACGAUGAAAUUAAUCAUGUGCAGAAAACAUACGCAGAUAUGGAUCCCACGACAGCGGCUCUGGAAAAAGAGCAUGAGGCAAUCACCAAGGUGAAGUACAUCGACAAGUUGCGGUUCGGAAAGUUUGAGAUUGAUACCUGGUACUUUUCGCCCUACCCAGAGGAGUACGGCAAAGUAGGAACGUUAUACGUUUGUGAAUAUUGUCUGAGAUAUAUGCGCUUGUCGAAAACGCUGCAGCAUCACAAAUCAACUUGUACUAGACGUCAACCGCCAGGUAACGAAAUUUAUCGCAAAGGAACAGUUUCCAUUUUCGAAAUCGACGGAAAGGAUCACCGCUUCUAUUGUCAGACUCUCUGCCUAAUGGCCAAACUGUUCCUGGAUCACAAAACUCUGUAUUAUGACGUUGAUCCGUUCUUCUUCUACGUGCUGUGUGAGAUUGACAAGGACGGCCAGCAUAUUGUAGGAUAUUUUUCCAAGGAGAAGGAAUCCCCAGAGGGAAACAACGUAGCAUGUAUUUUAAUUCUUCCGCCGUAUCAGCGCAAAGGGUACGGGAAGCUGUUGAUUGCUUUCAGUUAUGAACUCUCGCGCCGUGAAGGCAUCGUUGGUAGUCCAGAGAAGCCACUCUCCGACUUGGGCCGAUUGAGUUAUCGAAGCUUUUGGGCAUACACUUUGCUAGAGCUGAUGAAGGAUUAUCGCACCACGACAAUUAAAGAGCUUAGCGAGCUGUCCGGAAUCACACAGGAUGACAUCAUCUACACACUGCAGUCUAUGAAGAUGGUCAAAUACUGGAAGGGACAACACGUGAUUUGCGUUACGGGCAAGGCAGUCCAAGAACAUUUGCAGUUGCCACAGUUCAAGAAGCCGAAACUUAUGAUAGAUUCGGCGUAUCUCAAGUGGACCCCGCAGAAACGAACCAUUCCGGUGAAGCAGAUCAAGAAGACGUAAAGGAGAAUGCUGUUUACACGUAAAGGUUACUUACAGUAAAGUUGGGUAUGUUUCAUGUUUUAUUUUAUGUGUAUUUUCGGCUCCUCUCCGUAUGUGUCGGACGGGGUUUUACAUUUAUCUUUAAAAAAGUUCCAACUAUGAUCUGUAGAAUAUAUCUUUAAUCUACUCGUAACUCAGAGGCUAGGUUUG